AUGGCGCUACGCAGAGCCGCUUCCCUCCUCCUCAGACAGCGUCUCCGUACCUUUGCUCCGACCCCCGCGCCUCCCAAAACCCUAAACCCUCUGCCGCCCCAUCCCCGCCGCCAUUACUCCCCGCGGCCCGCGCCCGCGCUCCGCGCGUCCGCGGCCGCCGCCGCCGUCGCCGAGGCGGCAGAGGAGGCGUUCGAGGCGGCCUCCACCACCAACGACCUCUCCGCCGCCUUCUCCCGCCUCGAGACCUUGCUCCCGCCCACCGACAAGCGCCUCGCGCUCGCCUGCCUCAAGCUCGGCCAGCACCUCGAGUCAACCUCCUCCGCCGACCCCGCCCGCGUCCUCGAGCUCGCCCUCCGCUCCAUCGGGAUCCUCGAGGCCUGCCCCGGAUCCCCCGACGCGGCCGACUCCGACGCCGUCUCGCUCGCCAUGGCCCUCCACCUCGCCGGCUCCGCCUCCGUCGACCUCACCCGCUUCCACGACGCGCUCGCCUUCCUCUCCCGCGCCCUCCGCCUCCUCUCCCCGCUCCUCCCGUCGUCCAAACACGCCGCCGCCGCCCAGCCCGACGCCGACGAAGGGUUCGACGUGAGGCCCGUGGCGCACGCGGUGCGGCUGCAGCUCGCCAACGUGAAGACGGCGAUGGGGAGGCGGGAGGAGGCGCUCGCCGACAUGCGCGCCUGCGUGGACCUCAAGGAGUCCAUCCUGCCGCCGGGCAGCCGGGAGCUCGGCGUCGCGUACCGGGACCUCGCGGAGGCGCACGCUGCCGUGCUCGACUUCAAGCAGGCGCUGCCCUUCUGCCAGAGGGCGCUGGAGCUGCACGAGUCCGCCCUGGGCAGGAACUCGGUCGAGCUCGCGCAUGACCGCCGGCUGCUCGGCGUAAUAUACACUGGUCUGGAGCAGCACGAGCAGGCGCUGGAGCAGAACGAGAUGUCGCAGAAGGUGAUGAAGAAGUGGGGUGUGGCUGGCGACGAUCUCAUGCAUGCUGAGAUCGAUGCGGCCAACAUCAAGAUCGCGUUGGGGAAGUUUGGCGAGGCCGUGAGCGUUUUGAAGGAAGUCGCUAAGAAGGCGGAGAAGGAUAGCGAGGCGCGAGCUCUGGUGUUCAUAUAUAUGGCGAAGGCACUCGCACACCAGGAGAAGGUUGGGGACACCAAGAGGUGCUUGGAGAUCGCUUGCGACAUUCUAGAGAAGAAGGAGCUUUCCGAACCCGACAAGGUGGCCGAGGCGUAUGUGGAGGUGUCCUCGCUGUACGAGAUGGUGAAUGAGUUUGACAAGGCAAUAUCUUUGAUGAAGAGGAGCCUGUGGAUGCUUGAACGGAUCCCGCAGGCACAGCACAUGGAGGGGAAUGUCGCGGCCAGGAUCGGGUGGCUGUUGCUUCUCACAGGGAAGGUGACUGAGGCCGUCCCUUAUUUGGAGGAUGCAGCGCAGAGGAUGAAAGAGACCUUUGGGCCAAACCAUUUUGGGGUAGGCUAUGUGUAUAACAACCUAGGGGCUGCCUAUAUGGAGAUGGAUCGCCCCCAGUCUGCCGCGCAGAUGUUUGCGCUGGCAAAGGAAAUCAUGGAUGUUUCCUUGGGGCCUCAACAUUCAGAUACAAUUGAGACCUGCCAGAGCCUUGCCAAUGCAUACAGCACCAUGGGAAGCUAUUCUGUUGCUAUGGAGUUCCAAGAGAGAGUGGUGGCUUCAUGGCGAAACCAUGGUCACAGCGCUAGGGAUAAGCUCAAGGAAGCUAAGCGCCUCUACGAGGAGAUCCAGAUGAAGGCUAUAGCGUUCAUGUCACCUGAUGAUUCAGUAAUUGCGUUGCCUGAGCCUCGGCAGCAUGAAGUCGAUUCAAAUUCAAAGAAAGUUGCGCAACCUGAACCUCAGCAGCAUGAAAUCGAUUCAAAUUCAAAGAAAGUUGCACAACAGUAGCUUCAGAAUUCACGACUUGUACACUUUCAUUUUGGUUCCUCCUUUUCUGCUUUUAUAUCUUUUUCGUGUCCAAUUGUAGAAGAAGCUUUGACAGUAAAUAUAGCUGAUCUAUGAGUAGCUAUUUCAUGAGCCUUGUUGCCCACUAAAGUAGUUUUUGUGCCAUCUUAUAGUAUGUUGCAGUAAUUUUGCAAGUGGCAAAAAGAUGAAUAAAGUAAGUCAGUCUGUU